AUGAAUGAGAAUUCAUCAUCUCUUGAUUUAAGUACAUUAUGGGUUGAAUAUAAAAAUCCUGAUGGUCGUAUUUAUUAUUAUAAUGCUAAAACACGUCAAACAACAUGGACAAAACCAGAAGGACAACGUGUUAUGUCACAGAAUGAACUUGAUCAAUUACUUUCUAAUCAAAAUGAAACAUCAAAAAACUUGCCAACACCAAUAAAUAUAGAUACAAUUGAUGAAAAAAUUGAAUCAGUAAAAAAAGAUAUUCAAUCACCAAAUGAUAAUUCAACAACGAAUUAUAAUCCAUAUUCAUAUCCACCACCUUCACUUGGUAUGCCAUUUGGUGCAUUUCCACCACAUUUAAUGCCACAUAUGGCUCAAAUGAUGCAAAAUAAUUUUCCUGGUUUUGGUUCAAUUCCUCCACCAGCACAUUUACUUCGUUUUAUGAUGCCACCAUUUUUAAAUCCAUCUAGUUUAACUUCAGGAAAAUCUUUAGAAACACUUCAAACAGAAUUAAAAAAAUUACGUGUACAAUUAAAAGAACUUGAAGAGAAAAUGGAAAAAAUCAAUAAUGAAGCAUCAGUUUGGUCAGAAUUUAAAAAUCCUGAAGGACGACCUUAUUAUUACAAUUCGAAAACAACUGAAUCAACAUGGGAUAAACCUCUUGUAUUAAGUGAUCUUAUUGAUAUACAAAAUCAACUUGAACAUGUAAAUAAAACAAUUCAUGAAGCAGAAAAAGAAGUUAAACGACUUGAAAGUGAACAAAGUCAAUUAUCUGCGGCAGCAGCAGCAGCAAAUGCUAAUGAUAAACAGCAACAACAACAACAAACUGUCCCGACACCAGCUUUUAUUAAUGGUUUUACUUUAGAAAAAUUAGAUAAUAAUGAAAUUAGACGAUUUGGUGAAGUGUCAUUGACUUCAGAUCGUAAUGUAACCGAUGAUAAAACAAAAGGUAAAGCUAGACCAAUAUCAACAAAGCCGAUACCUGGUACUCCAUGGUGUAUUGUAUGGACGAGUGAUCAUCAAGUAUUUUUCUUCAAUCCAACAUCACGUGCAUCACUUUGGGAUAGACCAGAAGAACUAAAAGGUCGAACGGAUGUUGAUGAAAUGAUUCGUGCAGCAAUGCCACAAGACGAUUCAACGAAUACUAAUCGAACAAUACCAACAAAACAAAAAUUAGAUUCAACUUCCGAUGAUACAGAACCUGAAGCCAAAAAAAUCAAAUCAGAUUUAAUUUCAACUACAACUACUCCUAAUGGUAAUGAAAAUCAUGAUAAUGAAAUAAAACUUCUACAAAAUACAACUGAACGUUUAAAUAAUACACAAGAAUCUACUUAUGAUUCAGAAGCCAAAGCAGCUAAACAACGAGAAUUAAUUCCAUAUGAAACACGUAUUAAACAAUUUCGUGAAAUGCUUGCUGAAAAACAAGUUAGUGCAUUUGCAACAUGGGAACAAGAAAAAAAUAAAAUUGCUUAUGAUCCACGUUUUUCAUUAUUAACAGCUAAAGAACGAAAACAGGAAUUCGAUCGUUAUACACAUGAACGAGCUGAUGAAGAACGACGAGAAAAAGAAGCUAAACUUAAAUUAAAAAAGAAAGAAUUUCGUGAUUUAUUAAAAGAAUCGAAUGUUUCAAUUAAAACAACAUUUACUGAAUUUGCAUCACGACAUAGUAAAGACGAACGUUUUCGUGCUAUAGAAAAAAUACGAGAUCGUGAAGCAUGGUUUCAUGAUUAUAUACAAGAAUUAAAAACACGAGAAAAAGAUGGUUCUAGUCGUCAUAGUGAAAAAGAAAAACUAAAAAAAGAUUAUUUCUCAUUAUUAAAAGAAUUAAAAGUUACUCGAAAUUCUUCUUGGUCUGAUAUAAAACAUUCCGGUGAACACGAUUCACGUUAUAAAGCUAUUGAAUCAAGUUCAAGACGUGAAGAUUGGUUUCGUGAAUAUCAAACAAAACAUAUUGAUGAAACAAUAAUUACUUCGAAUGAAACAAAUGAAGAAGAACUUGAGCGACAACGUGAAAAAGAAAGACAAGAACGUAUUGAUGCUAGUAUAAAAAAACGUGCUGAAGAAGUUAAAGUACAAUUAUCUGGUUUUCAACGUGAAUUAGAUAAAGAACGUGAACAAUUAAAGAAAGAUAAAGCAGUGGAAAAUUUUAAAGCUUUACUAACUGAUAUGGUACGAACAGCUGAUGCAGAAUGGAAAGAAACAAAAAAAACUUUACGAAAAGAUCCACGAUGGGAACAAGAUAUUGAUCGAGAUGAAAAAGAACGUCUAUUUGAAGAACAUGUUAAUUUAUUAGAAAAAAAACGUAAAAUGGCAUUUCAUGCUUUAUUAAGUGAACAUUGUACAUUAACAUCAAUAUGGAAAGAAGUUAAAAAAAUUAUUAAAUCAGAUCCACGUUUUGAAAAAAUUUUUUCGAAUGAACGUAAACGUGAUUUAGAAAAAGAAUUUGAACUCUAUAUGAAAGAUAAAUAUCAUACAGCUAAAAAUGAAUUUAAAGAAUUAUUAAAAGAAACAAAAUUAAUUACAUAUAGGUCACUUCAAAUGAUUAGAGAAUCAGAAGAACAAAAUCAUUUACGUGAUAUUGAAAAAAUUCUACAGAAAGAUAAACGUUAUUUAUUAUUAGAUGUUAUACCAGAAGAACGUUCGAAAAUUUUAAUGGAUUAUUUAGAAGAACUUGAACAACGUGGUGUUCCACCACCACCAACAGCUUCACUUGACAGACGAAAACCUUGA